AUCUACAGGACAGUUGAUCUCCAGGACCAGGGCUGGGCAGCCCUGCCAGAAAUUAUAUCGAUAUAGCUGUACAAGAAUAUGAUUUCACACAGUAUUUUAUAUAUCCAAUUACACACCCCUUAGAAAAAUGUACGCGAACCGUAAGACCAGACGCGCAAAUGCCGGACGCGCUUCAUCUGUCCUGACCUUACGCUUCGUUCACCUCUCCGGAUUCUGUGCUUGGGACGGUUGGUUUUUGGUUACCCUGUGCAGUACCCCCCCUGUGGUACACAAGCGCGGUCCGUGCGAUGAAGAAGACCAGCUGCUUGGCGGAGAGACGGAGAAAAAGCGUGGCGGGUGUCUCUGUAGACCCGGCGGAAGCGGGCGUGGCAGCAGGCGUGGCAGUGGGGUUCGGCGUGACGGAGUCCUUCACGGUUCGCCGGCUGUCUGUCCGCUCGCUCCAGCUGCCCCCCCUGGCCUUCCGUCAGGCCCAGCAGGCCUACUACGACCAAACCCCCCCGCGCCCCACCUCACUUCCCCUCUGGCUCACCCCGCACAUCGCCAUAACGACCGCCGACGGCAGCGACAGCUUUGUGAGGACCAGCGGUUCUGAGUGCUGAAGCUUCUAUAUGGAUGGGGAAAAUGCUGCGUUUGGACAUCAACCGACAAAAAAAAAAAAAAAAAAAUUAAAAUAAUAAUGGCAUUCGCUGUGAGUAUUAACCAUACUGACAGCUCUGCAUGUUUCUGAGUGUGCACAUUAAAGAGCUCGGCCAAUUCUCCCCCCUUGUCUUGUAAUCACCUGAAGAGUUCAACUUCCCCCGCGUUUACCGCGAUGUCGUGCUAUUGGUGCAAUUCCCUCCGCCGCGGUGCUGCUCGUGCAGAUCGGCCUCAUGGGAAAUCUGCUUCCCCGAAAAGAGGAAGCUCAAUUAUGCAAAUGAGGGCGCUAACGCA